CCACAGGCCCCGCCCCCAGAAUUUUCUUUCUGUUUGCUCCAGUCUGAGUUAACUUCCUCAACUGCCUGGUCCGGACUGGCAGCUCCCAGGGACCCCAGCUGCAGUGUCUAGAGAGAAGACCUUGGGACCUGGGGUCAGUGGCACCGCAGCCCAAGUGACACAUGCGUCCGUCACUGUGGGGGUUCUGGCUGCUCCCUCUCCGCCCCUGGAUCUGAUCCUGGAGGUUUUCGGGAGAAGCCAUGGCCUCAGCCCCAGCCAGCGAGAGGAUAAGGGAGGAAGCCACCUGCUCCAUCUGCCUGAACCUGAUGGCCGAGCCGCUGAGCAUCAGCUGUGGACACAGCUACUGCCAGCUGUGCAUAGAGGACUUCCUGGACAAACAUGGCCACCAGCAGCAACCUCUAGGCACGUACCUCUGUCCCCAGUGCCGGGCUCCAUUCCGCAGGACGAGCCUGCGGCCCAACAAGCAGCUGGGGAACCUCAUUGAGGCCAUGAAGGAGCUGAACCUCGAGAUAACGUGCAAAAAGCACGGGGAGCAGCUCCACCUGUUCUGCGAGGAUGAGGGCUGGCUCAUCUGCUGGCGCUGUGAGCGGUCACCGGAGCACAAGGGGCACGUCACCGUGCUCGUGGAAGACGCUUGCCUGGGCUACAAGAAAGAUCUCCAGGAAGCUGUGACAAAUUUGAGAGAACUGGAAAAGGAGUGUAUGCAUCGGAAAGCGUUCGUGACCGAGCAAAUAACGGAGUGGAACAGAAAGGUGGAGCUUCAGAGACAGAAAAUCCAGGCUGACUUCAAGGACCUGCACAGCUUCCUGCAGGAGGAGGAGAAGUCUUACCUGUGGAGACUGGAGCAGGAAAAGGAGCAGACUCUGAAUGUGCUGAGGGACAAUGAGGCCAGUCUGGUGCACAAGACGUGUGAACUCGAGAGCCACAUCCAGGACCUGGAGGAUAGGUGCCAAGGCUCAGCCCAGAAGCUGCUGCAGGAUGUGAGAGGCGCUUUGAAGCGGAGCAGGGCUAUGACGCUGGACAAGCCAGAGGCCCCGUCUUUGGAGAUUCAGACUGUCUGCGAUGUUUCUGAGCUGUACUUUGAUGUGACGCAGAUGUUAAGGGACCAUCAAGUCAACGUGACUCUGGAUCCAGACACAGCUCAUCGUGGAUUAACCCUGUCUGUGGAUCAGAGACAAGUGACUAUGGGAACCCCCCAGCAUGAUGUGGGCAAAUCUUGCGGGAGAUUUACCGCCUACCCCUGUAUCCUGGGCCGCGAGGGCUUCACCUCGGGACGACAUUACUUUGAAGUAAACAGGGGAAGUGAAGCAAGCAAGUUGUUUUGGAGUGUCGAGGCCUGGUUGGGUGUCCACCACCAUCAGAGAAAGACAUGGAAGGGGUCAGGCUAUCACCCACUCUCCCCCGCGUGGAAAGACAGAAGUUAAUCACCAGAGAGAAGCCUAGACCCUUAUCAACCCAGAGACAGCACCAGAGGAAUGCAUAUAACAAACCUUGUGAAAACCAGCUCUUAUUUGCUAUUACAAGCCACAGCAGGGAAUGAGCUUCACCUCUGAGUCACCAUGGAGAGCGAUCACCCAAGGGACUUGGCAAGAAGUCCUCUCUAAGCCACUUUUAAAUCCCAAUUACAAUCUGCUGCUUUUAUUCUCCUCGAACUCAGUGUUGGCUAAUGACAGGACCAUGAUGAAAUCACCAAAACACGCACAUUAACGAUGACUAAAACGUGUCACAAAAUUCUAGGACAAAUUCUACAUUCUCAUAAAAUCUUGGUCAUGGAUACGAAAACAGCCUUUACAAUAUGUGAGCAAAGCCAGCCAGGAUGAGCAGGACAGGCUGACAGCAGAAAGAAGCAUUUGGAUCCUUCCACGAAGUAAGAAAGGCUCUAAAGAAAGGGAGAGCAGUGAUGCAGAGAAGGCGACUGAGGGACGUGGGCAGUGCAAUCCCAAAGGUCCUGGGGCAUACCCGCGUCCAGCAUCCACCAGUGAUCCACAAAGCCAUUCAGAGAAACUGAUAAAAAGCUCUACCUGCCAUGGUAACAAAGGAUUGGCCUCAAAACAAUGGGUAAAUCAGGGAUUAACAUCUCCAUUGCAUUGAUGAGGAAAUUAAGUUUUAUAGAGAUUACAAUCUUUGUCUUUAUACUGUCAACAAAAGUUUGCUGCCAUUAAUUCAAAGUCAACAGGAGUCCCCAGGGUAGUGGGAGGCCCACUUAUGUCACCCUGGUCCCUGAUUGGUCCAUUUUUACUCAAAUGAGGAAUCCAAAUUUGCAGUUUGAUUGGUCCAAACAGCACUGUCAUGAUUGGUCAGAGUCACACAUUCUGAUUAGUUGAUAUUGAGCCACUCUGAUUAGUUGGUAAAGAUGCAAAUGAAGCUACAGGGGCAGGCCUCAGGCUAUUGGUCGAGUUACAAUUCCAGGAUCUCCUUUAUAAGCAUGGGCUCAGCUGGCAGGAACCCAAUGCAGAAAGCUGACUGCAGUCUGUGGCUUUUUCUCCUGGAAUGCUGCAUGCUUGAAAGGCCUGUGUCAGCAAUGGCUGCUAGACUCGGGUUGUGAAUGAACCCAAUUGACCUUGAGGAAUCCUUCUUGGGAGAUAUAGUCUUUCUCAAGGUUCACUAUACUUAGUGCAGUGCAUAGUUCUGUCAUCCCAGAGAAUGAAUGGGCCUGUUAAGAAGGACUCCUGGUGGCUAAUUGGGCUCAAAUGUAUAAUCAGCCUGGUGGUCAUUGCUGAACAGGGGGACUCUCAUGCUCACUGUGCUUUACGGAAAAACUUCACUGAGAUGCCAGCCUCCUUCACUGAGUUCCUACCUCUGAGCUGACCCUAUAAUGCGGCUCCAAGACUCAGAAAUCGCCCAAUGGGCUGAAGACCUGGGCCACUCAAUGCUGUGUAGCUACAUUCUUACUUCAUUUUUACCGUGUGUUUAAGUGUGAACAUUUCAGAAGGAAUGUCCUUAAGGAGUAAAUUCGCCAGCUUCCCUAGUUCUCAGACUGUCAGGAGGGGAGGAAAGAACCCUGAGAUGCCAGUGAGACCCACACCCAACCCCCAGCUCCAAAGCCAGGAGCAAUCUGUCUAGGGAGGCACCAGGGUUCCCAGCUUCGGGACUGCUGACCCCUCAAUUCUUCCUUCAAUCUGAAAACUGAAGACAAUUCUAUUUUAUGACGUUGUCAAGGCCCGGACUGGAAUCACAUAUGCAAAGAUACUAGUUAUUUUUAAAGCAAAAGAUAGAAACUAAACAUCUAUGACCAUUGUUAUUGUUUAAGCUAUCAUUGCUUUAUGCUUAACUAACCACAUUUUUGUAUUAUCUCCAGGAACAUCUUUCCUGGAACUUGCCGGACAGGCAGGCCUCCAAGACAUGACUCACAUUCUUUCUUAAUUUUUGACUCUGAGUACAUGACGACCAAAGCGAUCGAAACACAGUUAAAGCCCAUCCCUGCAUCUGCAGACUCUGAUGCAAUACCGAAGCAUAUUUACUGUUAACUUUCUGUUACACGGUGUAAACCCGUGGCUAGGGGCCUCACCUGGGUCUUUUGCACUGCCCACCAGUGUCACUGAGUCUCUCUGAUUUGCUGCACAUCCACUUUACUCAUCAACGAAUACUCAUAAAGCACCCACUGUGUGAUAUAGGCAUCGGGUGCUGAAUAGGCAUAGUCUCCACCCUGUGGAAAGUGCAUUCCACAUGGCAGCUAUUUCAGACAUUCUCCUGUCAAUGCCUGGCGCCCCUCCCUGCCCCGCCAGCCCCCAUUUUCAGCAGCUAUCUCACUCUGGCCUUCACGGGGACCGUGGAAGCAAUCAGUGCAAUGCCAGCUUCCACCUUGUACUCUGAGUCCUGCGAAUCGGAAGAAUGCCGAAUUAGAAUCCCAACAGGAAAAAGGUAAACUGAAAGGUUUACUGAACAGAAUAUACCGAAGGCACUACUUCCAAAGUACGGACAGGGGUACAGGGAUCAGAGGGUGGUGUCGCAGCCUGGGACCAGCAGCAGUGGCAUCUGACACCACCCUGUGCUGCUGAUGACCAUCCAGCUGCUUCUGUCCUCUGCGGGGCGGACUGGAGCUGUGACAGCAACCCCCUUUCUGCUUUGCCAGCAGCCCCACACCCUAGGCUCUGCCAGCAGGGGGCACUGGGGGCUGGCAGGGCGAGAAAGGCCCCCCAUGUGCUACCUGUGUACUCCCACCUGUGCUGACAUCACCACAGCAAGGCUUCAUCCUGGCAGGGACAGUUUCAUCUAACUGAACAGCACGUGGCUUGUUACAGGGCUCCCACGUGCCUGAAGCCAGCCUGAUGGCGCCUCCACAGACACCAGCACCAGUGGGGUCAGCAUCGGCUCCCCACAGCUUUGGGUCCUGGUUCUGGGAGUCUCCUCGAAGCAUCUUCCUUAUUCCCCAGCCCUAGAUCUGUGGCUGCUCUGGACUGUUACUGUCUCAGUGAUACUUGUGUCUCCCUUUGGCCUCUUCUGUGUUUUGACGAUUAACAAACAUUUACGUCCAAUUCUUUAUGCCAAAUUUCAGUGUGGCUUUUGAUUCCUGACUGCACCUGGGCUGACACCUCCCACGUCCUCUACUCUUCUAACUCUAGGAAGUCACUUUGAACACAGGACCUUACACCCACCCCUGCUCUC